CCGCGGGGGCCCCGGGGCCGGCGGUGCCGGGGUCAUCGGGAUGAUGCGGACUCAGUGUCUGCUGGGGCUGCGCACGUUCGUGGCCUUCGCCGCCAAGCUCUGGAGCUUCUUUAUUUACCUUUUGCGGAGGCAGAUCCGCACGGUAAUUCAGUAUCAAACUGUUCGAUAUGAUAUCCUUCCCUUAUCUCCUUUAUCCCGGAAUCGACUAGCCCAGGUGAAGAAGAAGAUCCUCGUGCUGGAUCUGGAUGAAACACUUAUUCACUCUCACCAUGAUGGGGUCCUGCGGCCCACAGUGAGGCCUGGAACACCUCCCGAUUUCAUCCUCAAGGUGGUAAUAGACAAACAUCCUGUCCGGUUUUUUGUACAUAAGAGACCACAUGUGGAUUUCUUCUUAGAAGUGGUAAGCCAGUGGUAUGAGCUUGUGGUAUUUACAGCAAGCAUGGAAAUUUAUGGCUCUGCUGUGGCAGAUAAAUUGGACAAUAGCAGAAGCAUUCUUAAGAGGAGAUACUAUAGACAGCACUGCACUUUGGAGUUGGGCAGCUACAUCAAAGACCUCUCUGUGGUCCACAGUGACCUCUCCAGCAUUGUGAUCCUGGAUAACUCCCCCGGGGCUUAUAGGAGCCACCCAGACAAUGCCAUCCCUAUCAAAUCCUGGUUCAGUGACCCCAGUGACACAGCCCUUCUCAACCUUCUCCCAAUGCUGGAUGCCCUCAGGUUCACUGCUGACGUCCGAUCUGUGCUGAGCCGAAACCUUCACCAACACAGGCUGUGGUGACAGCUGCUCCCCCUCCACCUGAGUUGGGGUGGGGGGGAAGGGAGGGCGAACUCUUGGGAUGCCGUCUGUUGCCCUGUCCACUGUGAGGACUGCCUGGGCAGGGUCUGCCCCUCCCAUCCCUCUCUGCCCGAGGAUGUGGAGUCUGGAUGGACACAUGGGCUAGACUGUGAAGCAGCCUCACUCGUGUUCACACUCCACGGAAAUGCCGGGCAGGGCAGGUGAAAGCCCUGGAGAGCUGAAACUGUCUGGUGGGGAAGCAGGACUGGUCUGAGUGACAGACAUGGUGAUCCCAGAGGCUCAAAAGAAGCCAAGUCAACUUUGUUGUGAUUUGAUUUUUUAAAAACUCUUGUACAAAACCGA